AUGGCUACUACUGAUGGGAGAACGACGAAGCUGUCAACCGGAGCCGAUAUGCCACUCGUUGGACUAGGUACCUGGUUGGCGAAAGACAAGGUAGCACUGUGUUCUGCGAUUCAUGCAGCAAUCGAUGCUGGUUAUCGGUUAUUCGACACAGCUUAUCUCUAUCAGACUGAGGAGGGUGUUGGUGAAGGUCUGGCGCAGUGUAUCAAGCAUGGAAAAAUCCGGCGCGAAGAUAUCUUCGUCACCACAAAAGUAGCUUUCUGCCAUUUCAGACCGAUUUUUUACUACGGUUUUUCCUUGAUUUCCUUGUUUUAUUUUUUUUAA